CUAGUUCUCGGGGACGCGAUAGCGAGGCAGCUCGCAGGCGACAGAGUUGGGAAUCGACAAGAGGCAGGGAGAGCCCUGCAAUUUGGCAGGGGAAUUCCCUCCCCUCUCGCUGGGGCUGCAUUCCCCCGGGCUCAGGGACACAGGAAUAGGCUGACUCCCCAUGCACCAAGAGGGAGAGAAUUUAUUUGUGCUAUGAACUCUGCAGAGAAGGCCACGUUUUCAGUGCACGCUCUCCUAAUCUGCAAACAAAAAGUUGCAAUAUUUUCUUGACUCAGAGGCGGAUGAAACGCACCACCCGCCUUUAGAUGUUAAACGACCGACCUGGAAGCAAGAUUUGUCAGCUCUAGCUCAGAAACCUUUCACUAAUCUUAUCCGCAUUUCCACUCUGAAGGACACGGGAGGUUGGUUCGAGAUUAUUGCAUUUGACUUUUUUAUAUGUGUGAAAGAUAGUAACUGGGUCAAAAAUCGCAAGGAUAUUGUGGAUCGUUAUGUAAUCGGAAGCGAUAAUGCCUGAAGUAGCUGUCUAAAGAGAUAGCAAACAUUGACAAUAAAACGCUUGGUUAGAAGGAAGGGGCGUUUCUAGAUACUGGUCAGCGCGUGUAAAUCACGGAAAAGUUGGCUUCUGAUGUUGUGACAGUGAUCAGGCUUUCCUGAAUUUGGAAGGAAAUGGUUCUGGUGUCUUGGAAGGGUUUUUAGUGACGCGAUCCUCCCACGUGUCAGUCCUCAAUAACCGCAACUCUAGCUCAGUUUACAAGCAAGCAGAAGGAAGAAUUAAGCUGUCCACUGUCCGGAUCCCAUCCCAGAACAAUGGAGCAAAACAACAACCAACCCGUGCAGGAAGAGAAGAGCAAGGCUGAGAAGAGGUUCUCCCUGUGGUACAUGGGGUGGUCCACACUGGACAGGAGGACCACCUUGCCCAUGUUACCCUGGCUGAUGGCCGAGAUCCGCAGGCGCUGUGAGAAACAGGAGUUGGGGUCGUCCUUGGCUGCGCGGGAGGUCCUUCUCAUUCUCAGCCCACCCCUCGUCCGAUGUGUCCCCCAGGCUACCGGUGGUAACUCGUCCGUCUUCAUCUUUGAGCAUAAGGCGCAGCACAUCAUCAGGUUCAUCCAUAACAGUCAUGACCUCACCUACUUUGCCUAUCUCAUCAGGACUCAGCCUGACAACCCCGAUACCGAGAUGGCCUGCCACGUUUUCAGAGGCACCGACCCCAAUCAGGUUCCUGAUGUUAUCAGCAGCAUCCGACAAGUCUCCAAGGCCUCCUUAAAAGGGGAUGCCAAGUCCCGGCAGGACAGCGAUGACGCCUUCUACAACUCACAGAAGUACGAGGUGCUGUACUGUGGCAAGGUGGUGGUGAUGCACAAGAAGGCCCCGUCCACUCUCAUCGAUGACUGCAUUGAGAAGUUUGCCCUGCACCAGCGGGAGAGGGAGCGGCUGAAGCUGCUGAAUGAGGACUCCCCAGCGGAAGCCGGUGAGGGAGGAGAGCUCCUCUGCGACGCGGCCGACGAGGCGGCCGUCAGCACCAACCUGCCCUGCGCCGGCGCCGGCCAGGGUGAGCUGCCGGGCGCGGGCCCCUGCUCGGUGCUGGCCCAGCCCAGCACGGAGGACGUGCCGCUUGAGGAUGAGCAGGCCGAGUUCCGGUACCGGUGCAACAGUGUUGCCAGCAUCCGGCCCAGGAAGGUGCCCGACCUCGCCACUAAAGUACCUCCUCGACGUCGUCACGCCAGCGCCCCAAGCCACGUCCAGCCCUCUGACGCAGAGAAAAAUCGGACAAUGUUAUUUCAGGUUGGCCGGUUUGAAGUUAACCUCAUCAGUCCUGACACCAAAACUGUCGUGCUUGAGAAGAACUUCAAGACUAUUUCAUCCUGCUCUCAGGGUAUAAAGCACGUUGACCAUUUUGGGUUCAUUUGUCGAGAGAACAUCGAACCUGGUCUGAGUCAGUAUGUGUGUUACGUGUUUCAGUGUGCCAAUGAAUCACUGGUGGAUGAAGUCAUGCUGACCUUGAAGCAGGCAUUCAGCACGGCCGCUGCGCUGCAGAACGCUAAGACCCAGGUCCAGCUGUGCGAGGCCUGCCCCAUGCAUUACCUGCAUAAACUCUGCGAGCGGAUUGAAGGUCUCUAUCCACCAAGAGCAAAGCUUGCAAUACAGAGGCAUGUUUCUCUCCUGAACGACAAUGAACAGGCUGAUAUUUUUGAGCGUGUGCAGAAAAUGAAGCCAGCUGAUGACCAAGAUGAGAACGAGCUGGUGAUUCUCAUCCUGAGGCAGAUGUGUGAGAACAAGCAGAAGAGCCAUUGCCACAUUGGAGAGACCCCUCCGGCUUUGCCAAAUAACAUGAUCCCUGAGCACUCUGCAAGCAUGGGCAGGUUUAAACUUGAUGUUCUGAAAAACAAGGCAAAGAAAUCGUUGACCAGCUCCCUGGAAAAUAUCUUCUCACGGGGAGCCAAGAUGCGUGGCCGAUUGGGGAGCAUGGACAGCUUUGAACGUAGCAACAGCUUGGCAUCAGAUGCAUCUAGGGACGGUUCCCCAGGGGAGUCCCCUCCUGGUUCUCCACCAGUCAGCCCCCGGGCAUCCCCUCUCUCGUCGCUGGGCCAGGCCUUCGCGGAGCAGGACUCCGACUCGCCCCUCUUCCGGCGGCGGGCACACACGUUCAGCCACCCGCCGUCGAGCAAGCGGAGGAUCAGCUUUCCCAAUGAGAAGCCGCACCACAGCAGGACACCCAUUGUUCGCCAACAGUCGGAGAUAUUACAGAGCAGCCCCAUCAACAUCGUGAGACGCAGUCGAUGUGACUACGAAGGUGAAUCCAGUUCCAACAGCCUUCCUGCCUCCCUAUCUGCCCCUUCCUUCCUGAAGUCCUUUUACACCAAUUCGAGCAAGCUGCUGCACCUGCAGUCGGACAGCGGGAGCCCCAAAAGUGAUGCUGAGGGGAGGAGACGGGCUUUCUCUGGAUGCAUCACAGAUUCACUGAGCACAGCGGGGACACUCCUCACUCCGCGUCGCAUCUCCUGGCGCCAGCGGAUCUUCCUACGCGUUGCCUCGCCAAUGAACAAGUCUCCAGCCGCCAUGCAGCAGAAGGGGACGUUGGAAGGUCACCUUGAAGGCAGAGAGUUGCCACCUCUGUCCCCGCUUGUGCCUGCUGUGGAGGGGGACCCCAUGGCUUCUCUGCUGGUGACCGAUGACGUGCCUGAUGGGGAGACGAGAAAGCGUUCGUCAGAGGAGCUCCGGCAUAUGUGGCGAAAGGCCAUCUACCAGCAGAUCCUGCUGCUCCGGAUGGAAAAGGAAAAUCAAAGGCUGGAAGCAAGCAGGGAUGAACUUCAAACCAGGAAAGUGAAACUGGACUACGAGGAGUUUGCGCUUUGCCAGAAAGAAUUUUUUGCGGUUUGGGACAAAAUGCUGAGCACCCCAGGAAGGGCAAAGGUCAAGGUUGACAUGGAGAAGGUUCACACGGCACUCAGUCAAGGGGUUCCGAAAUGUCGUAGAGGAGAGGUUUGGCAGUUCCUCGCUGAGCAGUAUCGAUUGAGACACCGGCUGGCAGAGAAGCAGCAGCCAGGAGAUAUCUCAUACAAGGAGCUCCUGAAACAACUGACUACCCAGCAGCACGCUAUCUUGGUGGACCUUGGACGAACGUUUCCGACGCAUGCAUACUUCUCGGCACAAUUAGGAGCUGGGCAACUCUCACUGUUUAAUCUCCUCAAGGCCUACUCAUUGCUGGACAAGGAGGUGGGCUACUGUCAGGGCAUCAGUUUCAUUGCUGGUGUCCUCCUUCUGCACACAAGUGAGGAGCAAGCCUUCGAAAUGCUGAAGUUCCUAAUGUACGACCUAGGCUUCCGUAAGCAGUACAGGCCUGACAUGAUGUCACUGCAGAUCCAAAUGUAUCAGCUGUCGAGGCUGCUGCAUGACUACCACCGGGAACUGUACAUCCAUCUGGAGGAAAAUGAAGUCAGCCCUAGUCUCUAUGCUGCUCCAUGGUUUCUCACGUUCUUCGCCUCACAGUUCCCACUGGGAUUUGUUGCUAGGGUUUUCGAUAUAAUGUUUCUCCAAGGGACUGAAGUGAUAUUUAAGGUGGCCCUCAGUCUGCUGAGCAGUCAUGAAGCAUUAAUUCUGCAGUGUGACAGUUUCGAGAGCAUUGUUGAAUUUGUGAAGACCACCAUUCCGAAUCUGAGUCAUUCACAGAUGGAGAAGACUAUUACCCAGGUAUUUGAGAUGGAUAUCUCCAAGCAGCUCCAUGCCUAUGAGGUGGAGUACCAUGUUUUGCAAGAUGAGAUGGUGGAAGGAGCAUCACCGUGCGAUGAUGGGGAUCGCUUGGAGAAGCUGGAGAGAGCGAACAGUCAGCUUAAGAAACAGAACAUGGAGUUACUGGAGAAGCUCCAGGCCACUCGCUUCAAGAUACAGAACCUGGAAUCCAGCAUUGAGAGCAUCCUGAGCCGAGAGAACAAAAUGAAGCUUUUGAUCCGUUCAAUGGAGCAGGAGAAGCAGGCCCACCUAAAGACAAUAGAGCAGAUGCGCAAGUACUUGCCCCCGGAGUUCCUGUCCGAAGCGGAGCAUCAGACAAGGAAAAACUCAGGAGUUUUCCCUUCAAGGAAGCCAGAGGCAAUGGACGAGGAGGUAGAUGACAGCAGAGUCAAAAUAGCAAAUAAUAAGCCAUGACAGCAGGAGGACUACGAGGGGGGAUGCAACAAGUAGAAGCUCUAUAGCCAUCAUCAGGAAGGAAGUGCACACUUUCCCAGGUCUUUGAGCCACUGCUUCACAUGGCGAAUGUCUCAGAAGAUAUCCAAAAUGAAGACCUUUUGAAAGAAUGGUGACUGUAGAAAGCUUGGUACCCAAAGUUCUUUUCAUCCAGACGAAAAAAAAAGCAACAGAACCUUAAUACUCCCAUGACCAGACUACUCAGUGCUUACUGUGGUUGGAUGGUGAAAACUUUAACCCCGCAAUGACUGUAGGUGCUGUAUUAUAAGUACUCUUGGUGCUGCAGCUGGGGUGAGCUGCUUGGCCUUACCACAAGAGGACAGGGUGGUGGUUCUACGACGACUAUUCUUUCCAUGGCAUAUUUAGUAAUAAGGGUGAGGGGGUGCAAGUCAAUGCUUUGAAAAAUCAUGUCCGAAAAGCAAAUGUAUUUUCUCUGCAAGGAAACGGUGUGCUUCUCGUCUGAUCCGUGGUGGAUAAAUGAACUCUUCGUGAAUGCUGCUGUCAAAGGAUAGUGAGGGGUCAACGGUUAACCAGAUCCUCUUCAAAUGCCAGAACUUGCACAAGUGCCAAACCUUACCACUUUCACAUCAAUCGAUGCUCAGUAAAUUGGAAUCUCUUCACCAAGCAGCUUAAAGUCUGAAGAAGGGCAUUACAAAGAGAGGAAAUAAAAUAAAUCAGAACUGCCACAAACAUUUCAUCCAACCACUGAGUUUCCAGAGUGUUUAAUCCUCCACUGUGUAUGUGUUUGCUAUAAAUAUAACCAAAUCAUAUAAAAUGAUAUCUGUACUUGAUUAAACAGUGCAAUUUCUGUAAAACAAAGUCUAUUUUCUCCUUCACAGUGUCUGAUGGUGUUUGAAACAUCUCCCAACAAGCCAACGUAAUGAAAUUCAAAUAAAAAGAUGAAAAUCACUCUAAA